UCUUUCUUUUUUCCUCUCCGAAUGUGAAACCUGGAACACCUGUGAUUGGUCGUUCCCCAUUUUUUCCCCAAACCCCUAAACCCUCGCUGCUCCCCCCGCCUUGCUCACCAAGAUGCUCCGCCGCGCCGGCCCCACCGCGGCCGCCCUCUGCCGCCGGGCGGCCUCCACCUCGGCCUCCCCCUCCUCAACCGCGGCGGCCACGGCGGCGGCCUCCUCCUCCGCCGUGAACUCCAUCCUCCUCCGCUCGCUAAAGGAGCACUACCUCGAGGUCUCCAAGAUGGCGCCGCCGCCCAAGACAAGCCCGCCCAAGCCCUUCACCAUCGUCAAGGGCUCCCUGGACCAGGCAUCGGGCCCCGUGCUGCGCCGCGAGUACGGCGACGCGGGGGAGGAGAUCUCCAUCUCCGUCGCGAGGCUCGCCAACAUCCUGCCCCCCGACGCCGACGCCGACUCCGACUCCGACCCCGACGCCGCCGGCGGGGACGGCGGUAUGAGCGCGUCCAUAAGCCAGCUCUUACUCCACGUCGACAUCUCCAAGCCCGGGGCAGGCAAGUCGCUGCAGUUCCUUUGCGGGCUGUACCCGGACGCCGUUGGGAUCCAUUCAGUCUGUCUCAGGUCGAAGGACGCCGAGUCGGGGGAGGGAAACAUGGCUUCGAUGGGUGGUGGAGAGUACAAGGGGCGCAUCUUCCAAGAGUUGGAUGAGAAAGUUCGUGAUGCACUUCAUCAUUACAUCGAAGCCCGUGGGAUAAAUGAGAAGCUCUUCCCUUUUCUACAAGCUUGGCUUUAUGUAAAGGACCACCGCAACCUCAUACGCUGGUUCAAAAGUGUGGGCACAUUCAUCAGUGAGCCAAAGCCAUAGUAUUAUAAUGCCAAGCACUCCAUGUUGAAGAUCAUCUGAAAUGCGGCUGCAAAAAGGUUUUUGCCAGGAUGGAGAAUAGUGCUAGGAUAAAGUGAACCAAAUGCAUAAUAGUAGUGCCAACGAGGAGUUUUUGCUUCUCUUUAGUUUUUGUUCCCUAUGGGGAUUAGAGGAUGAUGAUGCCACUAGCAUGCUUAACGUGUUGGGGUGGUGUGGUUGCAUGAGUUGUCAUUAUUCCUUCGCUUUGCUGCCCAAUCUUGCUGAGGUGGUUGUCGGAUUCUCAAUCAUUCAAACUCCACACUUGGACCACUGGAACAUAUCGCCCUGCUAAGGCGCACGUGUGCAAUGAGAUAUCCAUUUUUUUGGGCGAGUAUCGCGGUUGUAGCUUUACUGUGACAGGGAGUCGUAUUCGUAUGCAACGAGUUUGUUUUGUUGCUUGAA